AUAUUACGACAAGAUGCAUACCUAACCAAGGUGCCCCAACCCACAACCUCCCCCAAGAGGCUUUUCUCUUUGUUCCACUCUCUCCCCAGCCUGGUAGGGCUCUUGCCGAUGCACCGUGGCACAUAUAGAUCAACCCAGCCACGUCCCAUACCAGCUCCAUGUCGACUCUUCAGCACCAACUUAGUCAUGAUGGAGGACUUUAUUCGGCCAUCAAGCGAGACAACGCUUCAAAUGUCGCUCUUUCACAAGCCUCCAUGUCGAGGAACCACCGUAGUUCAUGCCCACAUGAAGAGAAAGUGGUUACAGAUGGGAUCAUUGCCCCCAUGGUUUUUCAGGAGGUCAACAUUGAGCGGAAGCGAAGUUUAGGUUCCAAGAUGAGGGACACUUUCAUGUUUCGUAAACGGGACAACAAUUACAGGGCAAACGCAUUGUCGAAAAUCGUAACUGAUCAACCUGGCUAUAUGCUUCAUACGAGGACACAUACGGCAGCUUCAAUGGAAUCGGUAGUUCAAGGUUUUGCCAUGAUCGGAUGCCCUGCGCCACAUUCUACGAUACCAUACUUGGGUCAUACUGCCCCAGGGGAUUCCUUUUCUCUUCAUAAGCUACCGACUACGACUGAUAUGAUGGAUACCCGCUUAGAACUUUUCCGGCAAGGGUUCAAUGCGGAGGAGAUGUCGGACUUGCAGUCUAUCGUGUCAUCGAUUGCGGCUUCGUCCAUCACCGAGGUCGAAGCAUCGCAGAGAGCGUCCACAAACACUUCCCGCACCACCUUGUUCCCUCCGAGUGUCUCACAAUACCAAUCCCCUACGCCGCCGAUUCAGGGGAACAGCAACACCAUCACAUCCCAGCCAUACCUCUUUACAUCACAACUAACAAUACCGACCGGGGCAUUACAACUCGAUGGUCUCCCACCGCCGGCAGCCAUGUCUUUGGACGACUUGGUAAUCGCUAACAGCGUCCCAGUAUCUCACCCAAGUAUGUCUCCUGCGUUGCAAGGGGAUGACCACUCAUGGUGGAGUCCAAAAUUGACAGGCGGCAUCCAAGAAUCAACACCCGACUUAUCUGGAACAUGCAGUAGUCUCCAUGUUCAAAUGCCACCGGCCUUGAAAAUAUCCAAAAAGAGUGGAAGGGACAUACCGAUCUUGGGUACUCUGGGAGGGACCAGAGAUGUUGACGAGCCACAAAUUUAUCAACACUACUAUGGACCAGGACCAGGAACACAUCAGGGCAUGAUUCGAUCACCAAGUCUCGAUUUAGUCGAGACCAUGCAGCCAGGAAACCCACUGACAGGGACAAGGACAUGUGGCGAAAUCGGACAACAACCAUCGACAACAGAUGGGAAUCAUACAACCCCAGGUGCCAGCAAAGCAAAGAUAUCCUCGUAUUUUGAACACCAUUCGGAACACCAGUUUGAACACCUAGACCAAGACCAGCGCCAGCGCCAGCACUCACAUCCAUACCGUACCACCGGUAUCGCCAUCCACUACUGCCGACCCAACAACAGCACACAACAAGACCUUAGCCAAGGUCAGAAUUUAGGUAGCGGUAGCAACGAAAAUGACCUAAUCUGUGACGAAUGCCAAUGGAAACCCCGCGGCGUCCGCGGAAAUCUCAAAGGUUAUCUGCGUAAACACAAAAACACGCACAAAGGGCUGCGCCUCUCUUGCCACGUUCCUGGCUGCAUAAAGACGUUUAGUCGACUGGAUAAUCUGAAGAAACAUAAGAAAGAAAAACACGGUAUUGAUGCUACGGCAAUGGGAGGAGGGUCACUAAGCGGAAUGGGAAUAGGGGGAGGGGGGGUGCUGCCGUUGAAAAGGGUAGCAUCUACUGAAGCAGAGGAGCGAGGGGGGAGGACGAACGGCAACUGUGCAGAAAGGCCGGAUACGAGUGACUCUCAGCAGAGGCUGAGAGAUUUGUCUGGGGAUUAUACGAUGUUAUGGCCGGCUUUGCACUUUUGAGUUUAGAGGUUUGAUGAGGUGACAUUACUCCACAACACUUCUCGAUUUCUUUGAUCUAUAUAG